AUGGAGCUCUGGGACAAGAAACCCGGGGACGACUCCGAUGGCCCGACGACGACGAAGCAGGAGUAUGUCGGGCAGGGUGGUCCGCAUGUCAUUGACUCCGACGAGGAGGGUGUUGCCCUUCAUCGUGGCCUGAAGGCACGGCACAUCACCAUGAUUGGUAUGCAAAAGGAACUCGGUGGCUCGCGGUGCGUUGCUGACUCUGAACCAGCCAUUGGUGGUGCAAUUGGAACCGGUUUGAUUAUUGGUACGGGUAGUGCAUUAGCAAACUGGUGUAAGCUUUCACCGUCCUACCCUGCCUCUGUUCUCAUCUCUUAUCUUAUUGUCGGUUUUAUCGUCUGGAUUGUCAUGUGUUCGCUGGGUGAAAUGGCGGCAUGGCUUCCUCUUCCUAGUGGCUUUACUGGUUACGCGGUGCGGUUCUGCGACCCAUCUCUGGGAUUCGCGCUUGGGUACUCUUACUAUUGCAAAUACAUUAUCAUUACGCCAAACCAAUUGACCGCAGCUGCCCUCGUCAUACAGUACUGGGUGAAACGCGAGAAAAUAAACCCAGGUGUCUGGAUCGCGAUAUUCCUGGUGGUCAUUAUCGGCAUCAACUAUUUCGGUAUUCGCUUCUUUGGUGAAUUCGAAUUCUGGCUGUCAUCUUUCAAAGUGGUCGUCAUCGUUGGACUGAUCUUGCUCUCCUUGAUUCUCGCUCUGGGCGGUGGUCCGGAUAAGGACCGCAAGGGGUUUCGAUAUUGGAAAGAUCCGGGGGCGUUCAAUACAUAUAUCAAAGAAGGGAGCGAAGGACGUUUCUUGGCCUUCUGGUCGACAAUGGUGACCGCCACCUUUGCUUUCCUUGGGACCGAGCUCGUCGGUGUCACCGUUGGAGAAGCCCAGAACCCUCGCAAGACCAUCCCUCGUGCCAUCAAGCUCACCUUUUACCGCAUCCUCUUUUUCUACAUCCUCAGCGUCUUCCUUCUCGGCAUGCUCGUUCCCUAUGACUCCCCUGAGCUCGCCUUCGCCGCGCAACAGUCCAACUCCGCAAACGCUUCCCCCUAUGUUGUCGCCAUCAAAUUGGCUGCCAUUCCUGUCCUCCCCGACAUCCUCAACGGUUGUAUUUUGGUCUUUGUCUUUUCCGCUUCAAACUCCGAUCUUUACAUUGCCACACGAACCAUUUACGGCUUGGCCAGAGAAGGCAAGGCACCGCGCAUCCUGGCUCGCACUGAUCGCAGAGGUGUCCCCAUCUACGCCCUGGCUCUUUCUAGCGCGUUUGCCCUCCUUGCAUUCAUGAACGUUUCCGACGACUCCAAGACCAUCUUCGGCUACUUUGUCAACCUCGUCACCAUUUUUGGUCUCCUCACCUGGAUCUCCAUCCUUGUCACCCACAUCUACUUCGUCCGCGCCCGCAAGGCCCAAAAUGUCCCCGAAACGUCGCUCGCCUUCAAAGCACCACUGGGCGUUGGUGGUUCCUACUUUGCAUGCGCCUUCUGCAUUCUCAUCUCUCUCACCAAAAGCUACGAUGUCUUUGUGCAUAACCCAAAGAAAUACGGUAACUUUGACUACAAGAACUUCAUCACCGCAUAUCUCGGAAUCCCGCUGUAUCUCAUCAUGAUUUUCGGUUACAAGCUUGUCACCAAGUGUAAGGGCGUGAAGCCCGAAGAGGCUGAUCUCUGGACGGGCAAGGACGCUAUCGACCGGGAGGAGCAGGAAUUUUUGGCACGAAAGGAGGCUGAGCAGAGCGGCCUCAAGGAUUCGAGUUGGUUCUAUCGGACCUUUGUUUCCUGGUUGUUCUGA